AAGGAGAGCAGCAAAAGAGGAGCAGCAGCAUCCUUCAUUCCGUCUUUCACUUCCGCCUGGAAACUGCACACAAUGAGACGCAAGCCACAAGAGGAUGUUAUUUAGAAGAGGAUGUUAUUUAGAAGAGGAUGUUAUUGACAAAUGGAGUAAGAGUGCGACGUCGCCAGGGAGGAGAAGCUAGCUGAAGAAGGACGCUGCUGUUGGCGUGUUUGGUAGCAGCUGGUGGAUCUGCCUCCUAUCAUGUUUGCCAGGAGAAGGUGCCUGAGGCGACCCUCCAGGAGGUUGGCGUUAUCAGUAAGACCUCAGGCGGCGCUGGGAUGACUUGUCACUGAGACCCGGCAGGGACGUUUUUUGUCCUACUGAAUGGCGCAGUGGAGCUUGAGCGCAUGUCGCGUUGCCUUACAGCUGAGAUAACACUCAUCGUUCCACAAGUGCAGUUUGGACCAAGUACCAUCUGGGAUCAAUGCAUAUCCAAUAGUUUGAGGUCCUUGGACAUGCAGAGACACAUCAGGACAAACCUGGAGCCCCAUCAGUGACUCCAUGACCUCUGGUGAACUACAUAUUCUAGUUGAAGUGGAUACCUACCACAGGACUGACAGGAUGAGCGCGUGGUCGUAGCUGGUCGCGCGCCGCUCAUCGUCCUCGGCCAUGACCCGGCUGAUGUUGGGCCGGACUCUGGAGCGCAUCUGUAAAGGUGUUCUGCUGCUCUGCUUGCUCCACUUCCUCAUCAUGAUGAUCCUAUACUUCGAUGUCUACUCGCAGCGCUUCGACCUCUUCAGCCGCUUUAACAACGGACGUAACAGUUCCCGGAAUAAUGCCAGCACCGGACAUCAUUUUUACUACUACAACAUAUCGAGGCCCAACACCACCUUAGCAAACUUCCUGGCCGCGGGCGAGCAGGCGAGGUCGAGCGUGCGGCCAGAGCCCAAUCAGGCGCCUUCACCCAAGCCCUUGCCGCCGUGUCCUGAGAACCCUCCUGGCCUUGUGGGACGCUUGCUGAUUGAGUUCAGCUCCCAGAUGACCAUGGAGCGAGUGCAGAGAGAAAACCCCAACGUGACGGAGGGGGGCCACUACACGCCCCCUGACUGCCGGCCUCGAUGGAAGGUGGCCAUCAUCAUUCCGUUCCGUCAUCGUGAAAACCACCUGAAGUACUGGCUACACUACCUUCACCCUAUCCUGAGACGGCAGAAGAUCGACUACGCCAUCUACAUCAUCAACCAGUUGGGCGAGGACACGUUCAACCGCGCCAAGCUGCUAAAUGUUGGCUACACGGAGGCCUUGAAGGACGGCGACUAUAACUGCUUCAUCUUCAGCGACGUGGAUUUGAUCCCCAUGGACGACCGGAACCUUUACCACUGCUACGAGCAGCCCAGACACUUCGCCAUCGCCAUGGACAAGUUUGGCUUCAGGCUGCCCUACGCCAGCUACUUCGGGGGAGUGUCGGGCCUCAGUAGAAAACAGUUUCUGAAGAUCAAUGGCUUCCCCAAUGAGUACUGGGGCUGGGGAGGGGAGGAUGAUGACAUCUACAACAGGAUCACUCUGAACGGGAUGAAAGUUUCCAGACCGGACGUUCGCAUCGGCCGCUACAGAAUGAUUAAACACGAGCGGGACAAACACAACGAGCCCAACCCUCAAAGGUUUAAUAAGAUCCAGAACACCAAGAACACCAUGAAGAAGGACGGCAUCAGUUCUCUCACCUACAGAGUGGUCCAGGUCAAGAGGUACUCGCUGUACACAAACAUCUCGGUGGAGAUCGGCAAACCUCCCCCCCGACAUUUCCGCGGCUAGGAGAGGCAGAUGAAGGGAAUAUUGAGGGUGUGGUCAGGAUGAAAACUUGUUCUUGCAUCUUCUGGCUUUGAGGACAAACAUGAAGAAUUCAUGGAAAACAUUGAAGAGACCGCAAGAGUUGUGGACAACAUCAACAUGAAAGUAUUGCACAUGGAUGUUCUUUUCUACUUCCAAAAAACCUGGAUAUCAUCAUUAGGAAACUGAGUAGAAGGUGUGGAUCUACUAAAAAGGGUUAGCUUAAGAACGAUAUCAAUCAUCUUCAUCCCUUAAGUACAUUGUCCUGCAGGAGUCACCUAAAGUGCUCCAAAGUGGACGCAGCCGGCAUUAAUGAAUGAAUGUAAGACACCUGCAUCUCCCACAUUUGCCACAAAACACAACAAUUGAAGCUUGUCAACGUUAUCAUUUGCGUGGAAGACGUGGGGGAAAGAUGCUCGUUUAAGAAAUGAAUCAUUCAAGAUUAACUUUAUCAAGUCCACAUAACAGGAGCAGUAAAUGGGUUUCUUUUAUAAUAAUUCUUAGAUUUGACAUUUUGUGAGGCACAAAGAGGUCAUAUUACUUUAUUAUUCCCUAAAUAAUAUUCCAAAUUGUUCAUUUAUUGCUGUUGUUGCACAGCAAAAGUCAGACUUUGAGGUUUUUAAUGUAUCAUCUUUCAUUUUCAUUAUAUUCCAAGCUAUCUUCUCUGUUUGUCAUCCAUUGACUUGGUGUAUUAUGGAAUUACAUGUGAGGCACAAAGGGCUCCGAAGACAAAUUAACACCCCAAAGCUGUUAUUUUAACGCCAGCAAAAGGCAAACUUAUUUUAUUGUCUUAUUUUAUUUGAGAUUAAAUUCAUUAUUUUUAUUUUUAUAUAAUUGUUUUAUACUCGUUACUUCUACAGACAAAAUGACACCCAAACUUACUAUUGUAACCCUUUUAACUUUUAGUUUUAACCUUUUUAUUUUAACCUGUUUUAGCAUUUUUGUUUGUAUAUAUUAUUUUCAACUACUAAAGUUAAAAUAAUACACACCUAAAAUCAUAUCCCUAAAAUUAUUAACAUUAUUGAUAAUAUUAUUGUUAUUAUUAUUAUUUAUACAUCUAAAAUAAUACAAAAAUUCAAAGGUUUUUUUUCGACCAGGGGUCCCCAAACUUUUUGACUGGGGGGGCCGCAUUGGGGCCCGGGCUGUCUAUAUAUAUAUAUAUAUAUAUAUAUAUAUAUAUAUAUAUAUAUAUAUAUAUAUAUAAAUAAAUUCCGAGCGUGAUGAUGUCACAUUAUCAAUGGGAAAAUGCCUUUUUAAACAAUAUGAUUUGCCUGAGCUAGGAGACACCGAGAGUAACAAGCAGUAGAAAAUGGAUUAGAAAGGACAAAUAAAAAAUAAAAAAUUGUUUAAAAAAAUAAAAUUAAACAUUUAUUUAUUUUUUAUUUUUUUACUUGGCACUUAUGGCGCGAGUUUAGGGAGCCCUGCAGUGAACUGUAUCAUUUGAAAAAUGUAAUUUUGUCUCUUAUUCGUCUGGCUUUAUGAAAGAAUUCAGUUUGUAGGAAAUUGUAAUAUUAAGAUGAAAAACAAUGAGCCUUAUCAAUCAUACACUUUUCUUUCUGACUUGUUUUUAGACCUUUAUUCUUUUUUGUUUUUAUUAACGAGGUUGAGUUGUUGAUCAUAUACUGUAUCUGAAUCAUCUUGUUGCACUUUUAGUUAGCAUCGUUAAUGUUUGUCGCCAAACCGAGCUGAUGCCUUCAGUAGUCGUUCUUUUUUGUCUGAGAAAAUGUUAUUUUCUUUCAGUUGAAUGACAAAAGAAACUAAACUCUCAUCUGGAGAUGUGUUUUUCAUUUGAGGUUCUUUUAUUUUGUGCAUUGUCAUUUUCCUGUGCAGGAAAAUGCCUCCAUUUGUCUGCCACCUUUCAGCCUGAAGAUCCUCUCUUAAGCGCACACAUUCUCACUGUCUUCCCUUUUUAUUUCUCUUUUUAUCACCUUUGAUUGCCUUUUCAGAGUCUAAUUGACCUUUCCGCCUUCCCUCUUGCUGCAGGGUCUAGUGUUGCAAUCGCCCCCUCGCCUCCAGUCUAUAUUUUCAUUUGCUUUAUGAGGCAAUAAAAAUGUUGUAAAGUAAUAAACUUGUUGGAUUUAUAACAGGAGUGAAUGUUACAGCUGCCACAUGCAAGCUUUGGAUGACUGCAAAGUGGACCAAAUGUUGCUUUAAAGUCCUUAAGUGACCCUGACUAUGUGUCACAUUUCUGUUAUACAGCAAAGAAAUACAGUUGUUAUGCAUCUUUUGCAGCAGAAAACAAAAAAUUGGUCUCACGUUGGAUGGUUUAAAGUUUGUAAUGUGCGUAUGUGUGUACAUUUAGUCAUGCUGACUAUCACCAACAAACACAUGUAUCCACAUUAAUCAUCAUUGGAAAUGACUAAAGGAGGCGUGGCCGGAGGAGGAAGUAUGUCUUUGGAGACAUUUACUAAAAAUAUAUCAUUUAAAACAUGCCUUCUUUUGUUAGCAGAAUGCUGUAAAAUCAUGAAAUGGGCAGAGGUGGGUAGAGUAGCCAGAAAUUGUACUCAAGUAAGAGUACUGUUACUUUACAGAUGUAUUACUCAAGUAAAAGUGAGGAGUAGUCACCCAAAUAUUUACUUGAGUAAAAGUAAAAAGUAUGUUGUGAAAAAACUACUCAAGUACUGAGUAACUGAUGAGUAACCUGUUCCUUUAAUGAUGACGGCAACAAAUAAUGCACAAAAACAUAACAAUAGCAAUGAGCAAAUUCAGAGCCAGGAAUAUCUCUUAAGCAACUAAAACAAUAAUAUAU